CUAUGCAGUGCUUACCUAACUUUCCCACCACGAUGUUUCCCCGCUGUCCGCAAAACUUCAUCCUUCGGGAGAUGCCGAGAAAUUUUUAAAACUAGGUGGAACGCGCUCGUGCAGAUCGGCUGCUAAUUAUUGCCAAAUCGACAGUAUUGGUCUUGUCCUAUCCGCCGCACCUCCGACCCCCAAGUUCACGAGCCACCUGCGCCAUUUUAUCCUAUAGCCCAUUGUUCUGUACCUACAUUACUGCUAGACAGGAACACUUUUUGAAACAAUGGAGGAGCUCACAAGCUUUCUAUCGUUACUUGGAGAAGAGGUAGAAGACGCUGAAGAGGAAGCCUUCUACCUUUUCGCACAAGACAUCCCCUCCUCGAAUUUAGGCUUCGUCGACUCGCGCGCCACGACCGUCGACCUCACAAUCCACAAUCAGGACUACAUCAUCCAUCAAUCCCCCACACUACUUUCCUCGUCCCGCGCAGGCGGGACAACAGGCGCAGUCCUUUGGAAAAUCACCCCCCUCUUCUCCGAAUGGCUUUCCUCCCCAAACAACCCGCUCUGGACCCAAUCGCUCCUCUCCGCCUCCUCCACCCUCGUCGAACUUGGUUGCGGCAUCUCAGGCCUGAAUGCGCUCACCCUGGCCCCAAAGGUCCAUCACUACAUCGCGACAGACCAAGAAUACGUCCACCGACUCUUCCGCCAGAACAUCGAGACCAACUACCAAGCCUCCACCACAGCCAAAGCCUCCAAGUCUCGCAAGCAGCAGAACCAGCAACAGCAACAAUCAAAGCGCAAGCCCAAGCAGCAGCAACAAAACCCGUCGCAGACGACGUCAUCACCAAACAUCACCUUCACCUCCCUUGACUGGGAACUCGACGUUGCGGGAUCGCUGAAAGCCAGCGUGGGGCUCGAGAGCUUGCCUUUGGAGAACGGUGACGGCAAUGACAGCAAUGAGGAAGAAGAAAAAGAGGUUGAUCGAGGGUUCGAUUUCCUGGUGUCGUGCGACUGUAUCUACAACGAUGCGUUGGUGGCCCCAUUUGUGCGCACGUGUGCGGACAUUUGUCGCUUGAGGCCUGUCUACACUUCCGAAGAUCAUGGUGGUAAGAGGGGCAGAGCGCCGACAAUCUGCCUCAUCGCGCAACAGCAACGGUCGCCGGAGGUGUUCGAGGCUUGGUUGCAGGAGACCUUGAGGGUGUUUCGCGUAUGGAGAGUGACUGAUGAUGUACUCGGGGAGCGGCUGAAGUCCGGGACGGGGUAUCUAGUUCACUUAUUGCUGCUCAGAUGAAGUGGAUCGGGGGUGUCCGGGUGUGGUGUGGAGAGGAAAUGGGAUAGUAGAGAGGAUUAAGGAAGCCUGUAUGAA